GCUAAAUGCACGGCUUGAUUCGACGUUUCAAGUUUCACUGGCGAUUCUUCCGAAAGGAGCAAAGACAAACAGCCACAAUGCUCCAUCCGUUAGCAAAAUUCUAAUGAUUUUCUUGAAGAUUGACAGUUUCGGCGGCUGCUCACCUUAAGUUCAAUUUGUAGCCAUCUCUUCUUUAUGACUUGUUAAAGAGCCGUUUGCUCCUCGUUGGCUUACAUAGAAAAGAGCAAGGAACUGUGAAUGAAAAACUCAGUUUUCGGGGCGAAAAGGACAAGCUGGUAAAAUAUCCUCUGGUUUAUGGUAGGGAACAUCUGUUUCCGUUUUUCCAAACCCGUGCAAUUUUAAUUAAAGUCUUAAUUCGGUCCUGAGCUGAUCACUAAUUUCAAAGACCUGAGAAAGGCUCCUUACUCCUGCCGUGAGCGCUGCCGCCUCAGACAGCCGAGGACCGGAGGACGUCUGUCGCCCACAGCUCGGUGACUCUCAAGGAAGUCAAAGGAAAGGGCAAGUUUGCCCGAACCCAAAAUGGCGGCGGGCGCUCGGCGCCACGGCGCCUGCGCAGGGGUAUCAAUUAAUUAUUUGCAAACAACUCAGCAAUGGAGCCAGACAUCAUUCGAAUGUACUCUUCAUCCCCCCCACCACUAGACAAUGGAGCAGAGGAGGACGACGAUGAUGAAUUUGGAGAGUUUGGUGGGUUUUCAGAAGUUAGCCCUUCUGGUGUAGGCUUUGUUGAUUUUGAUACACCAGAUUAUACUCGUCCCAAGGAAGAGUUUGUACCUUCAAACCAUUUUAUGCCAGUUUGCAAUUUCUCAGAAAACGUAGAUGGCCUUACAAGCUUUAAGUCCAUUAAAAAUGGAAAUGAUAAGGACAUCACUGCUGAAUCUUCUCCUGUGCAAGGACAAUCUGAUGUUUUGCUUUCUACCACCAGCAAAGAAAUAAUUUCAUGUGAAACUUUAGAUUCCUCUGAAAGCCCAGGAGUUUUAAAUAAAGUCAUAGAGCAGAGACAGAAUGUUGGAACACCAGAAAGUUUCUUUCCAGGAGAUUUUAGAACUGAGGAGAAUGUCGUUCAUCAAAACAUGCAGUUAGAGAGCUGCAAUGGUGAAAAGCUGCCCUGUCUGGAGAUUUUGACAAAUGGGUUUGCAGGGCUGGAAACUGUAAAUCCUCAGGGAACCGAUGAUCUGGACAGCGGAGCCCAUUCAGACGGACGGAAGCCUCCUAGCACUCAUGGCACUAGUAACGGAGACUCUGCGCUGAGGCCUGCUGAUGAAUUCACAGAUUUUGCCACAUUUUCCAAACAGGAAAGGAUACAACUUGAAGAAAUAGGAUGUGUAGUCUUAAAUGAUAGAGAAGCACUAACUAUUCAGGAAAACAAGAAAAUUAACAGAGCCAGUGAACUGAAUUCUGUACAGCUCUCUUUGAGUAGAAGCUGUGACAAUAAAGGAGACACUGAUGGGGAGGACCAGGUUUGUGUUUCAGAAAUAAGUGUCACGGCUAGCAGAGGUUUCAGUGUUGAGCAACCAGGACUUCCAGCUUUGCAGCAGGAUGAAUUUAUAAAUCCAGACCCUGAAACAAAGACAUGGAGUUUGGUAGACUCAGCUGAUGAUUCAGAAGCCAUCAGGAGAGAGCAAUGUAAAGCUGAAGAGAGACGUGAUUUGUCUAACACUAAAUGUGAUGACCUGUCCGUGGAUUCUAUUAAAAUUUCUGAUGCUGGGGAUUCAGUUGGUUUUUCCAAAGAAGAAAGUAGGAAGUUUACUAAUUUUGAAAGCCUGAACAUUGAUCCCACUGAAGAAAAUGUUUUGGACGAUUCUGUAAAAAAUGGUGAUAGUAGUAAUGAUUUUGUGACUUGUAAUGAGGAUGAUUUUGGUGAUUUUGGCACAGCCAGUGGCACAACUCCACCGUGUGUUACUGGUACUCAAGACUCAAUGAGUGACGUCACUUUUGAAGAGUCUUCAGAGCACUUUCCACAUUUUAGUGAACCAGGUGAUGACUUUGGAGAAUUUGGGGAUACAAAUACUGCUUCUUGCCAAGAGGAAAUGGUAUUUACUGAGUCAAACCUAAGACAAACUUCUGACAGUUUAUCAGAGGGAUGUCAGUUGGCAAGAGAGUCUGGUGGACCAGGUACUGGACCUGCUUUAAAACUGAAAAAUGGACAAGAAGGUGAGUUUGGAGAUUUUGAUUCUGGGCCAGACAUCCAGGAGGCCUACAGUGCUUUUCAAGACUCGGAUGAUUUUGCAGACUUCAGUUCAGCUGGGCCUAGCCAAGCUGCAGACUGGAAUGCUUUUGAGGAUGAAGAAAAAGAUGGUUGUUCUUGGGCUGCUUUUGGAGACCAGCAGACUACAGAAGCUCAUCAUCGAAAGGCAGCUUGGCAGUCACAUAGGACAGAUGAAAACACUGGCACUCCAAGAACCCCGAGAACGCACAGUGUCCCUCCGGCCACUGCCAGAGGAGCAGUUGCUGGUGGCCAUGUACAGGAAUCGGCCACGGCAGUUCAGACAGCUUUACUAAACCGCCUGGAGCGCAUUUUCGAAGCAUGCUUCCCUUCCAUAUUUGUCCCUGAUGCUGAAGAGGAAGUUACUUCCCUGAAGCACUUGCUGGACACAAGCACCCUGCCAGUAAAAACAAGAGAGGCCUUAGCUGAAAGUGGGGAACUGUUGGAUGUGUGGACUGAGCUGCAGGACAUCCACGAUGCACAUGGCUUGAGAUACCAGUGGGGUGGCUCCCACAGCAACAAGCAGCUUUUGUGCUCCUUGGGAAUAGACACGCGAAACAUUCUCUUCACAGGCAAUAAGAAGCAACCCGUUAUAGUACCCAUGUAUGCAGCAGGAUUGGGUAUGUUAGAGCCCACCAAGGAACCGUUGAAACCACUGUCUGCUGCAGAAAAAAUCGCUUCCAUUGGUCAGACAGCCACCAUGUCACCAGAGAUGAACACAUGUACAUCUGGUCAGUUCCAGGAGUGUCUACCACCCGUCCAGUUUGACUGGAGUAGCAGUGGCCUUACUAACCCUUUAGAUGCGAGUGGAGGUUCCACUCUUCUGAACCUUGAUUUCUUUGGGCCCGUGGAUGACAGUAGCUCUAGCAGCAGCACCACAAUCCCAGGUGUGGAUCCAGAGUUGUAUGAGUUAACAACCUCUAAGCUGGACAUCUCCGCCUCGAGCCUCAAGGUGACGGAUGCGUUUGCAAGACUCAUGUCCACGGUGGAGAAGACGAGCACGUCUACCAGGAAACCGAAAAGAGAAGAGCACUUAAGUGCAGAAGCUCUCAAGGUGAUCGCGAGCCUUCCCGACCUGACCUUCAUGCAUGCCAAGGUGUUGAUGUUCCCAGCCACCCUGACGCCCUCCACAGGCUCCCGGGAAAAGGCGGACUGAGGGCUGAUGGCAGUGCUCCUCUGUCCUCCA